ACUGGAUUGCUUAUUUAUGACGUAUUCUGGGUGUUUUUUUCAUCGUAUAUAUUUAGCACAAAUGUUAUGGUAAAAGUAGCUACACGACCAGCGGAUAAUCCAGUUGGUAUUGUGGCGCGUAAAUUAAAUUUAGGCAGUAUUGUAAAAGAACCACCGAAAUUGAACUUACCGGGAAAAUUGGUUUUUCCAAGUAUACAUAAUAGUGGUCAUUUUUCAAUGCUGGGUUUAGGUGAUAUUGUAAUGCCGGGGCUUUUGUUAUGUUUUGUGUUACGAUAUGACGCAUAUAAAAAAUCUCAAGGUAUUACAUCAGAUCCUACAUUGUCACCACCAAAGGGAGUCGGAUCUAAACUGACAUAUUUUCACUGUUCCUUAUUGGGUUAUUUUUUGGGAUUACUAACAGCUACUGUGAGCUCUGAAGUGUUUAAAGCAGCACAACCGGCACUUUUGUACCUUGUUCCAUUUACGUUAUUACCAUUGCUGACAAUGGCUUACCUCAAGGGUGACUUACGUCGAAUGUGGAGCGAACCUUUCAUUGCACAUCAACCAUCAAAACAACUGGAAGUCUGAGUGUUUUUAUGUAAUUUUCCUUGUAAUAGUUUUCCUUAAGUUUAUCAUUUAGGAUGAGACUAAUAUUUUAGCUAGUAACAAAUGUUUUUAAAUUAAUUUUUAUUGCCUUUUAGUUAUUCGUAUUAAGUUUUAAAAGC